AUGGCGCUGUACACCACCGCCGUACUGCUUGUUGGCAGCGCGCAGGCGAUUACCAGGCCUUUUACCUUCAUCAUCACAUGGCAGCAAGGUGCCCCUGAUGGGUUCCAGAGAGAUAUGUUCCUGAUCAACGGACAAUUCCCUGGGCCUUUGCUGGAAGUGAACCAAGGAGACAAUGUAGUUGUCAACGUCCAGAACAACUCGCCUUUCAAUACAACACUACACCACCAUGGAAUCGAUAUGAAUGGCACACCAUGGUCUGACGGUGUUCCCGGUGCAUCCCAGUACCAGAUCCUUCCCGGAUGUGGCUUCACCUACAGCUGGACUGCGAACCAGCAUGGCUCUUUCUUCUACCAUUCACACUCGACGUCUCAGAUCAAUGAUGGCCUGUACGGUCCCAUCGUAAUCCAUCCAGCAUCGGACACGCCGACACCGUACGGCCUAAUUCCUGGUGUCUCAGUCGAGACGAUCCAGCAGGCGGAGGCUGCUAGGAUCCCGAUCGUGUUAUCAGACUGGGCUCACAUUACCUCGUAUGACGACUGGUCAAUAUCGACAAAGUCCAAGAUGGAGAACUUGUGUAUUGAUUCAGUCCUAAUCAACGGAAAGGGCAACGUCUACUGCGUACCAGCGGCAGAACAACCAGGACUGAUGACCUCAGGCCAAGCAGCCAUUCUCCAGGCAGUCCAAGGAGCCAUGCUGACAGACAAGUCAUGCGUCCCACCAGACGUCUACGCGGUAGCCCUGGGACAGCCUGGUUAUCCUGUCGACAUUGCCGCCAUCCCUCACGACAUAUAUAAUGGAUGCACAAACACGACCGGGCACACCGACGUGAUUGACGUCGUGCAGACAAUUCUGCAACAGUCUAAAUGGGUCAUGUUCGACAUUGUCGGGGCCAUCGAGGUCUACGGCGUGCAAUUCUCCAUCGACGAAAUACCCAUGUGGGUGAUUGCCGCUGACGGCGACUUCAUUGAACCUGUGCAGGCAGAUUCCAUCCCAAUCACCAAUGGUCAGAGAUACACAGUCCUUGCCAAGUUCGACAAGCCCAAGAAGUAUACCGUCCGCGUCUCGUCAACAAGCGACGCCCAGAUCUUGUACGGGACGUCCAUUAUCAACUACAAUGUCUUGGGCAAGCUGCAGUCAACCGCCGCGUCUAAGCCGUUCAUCAACCCACGUGGAGUUGGCACGUCCAGCAGUGUUACUUUCUUCGACCCGAGCACAGCCCGGCCGUAUCAGACAAGCCAGAUUCCUCGGAGAGCCGAUGCCACAUACAAGCUUACCAUGAAGAUUGAUGAUUACCCCUUCAUGUGGGCGUUCAACGAGACCUCGCGUUUGCCCGACGAGGUGGAUAACGUGACCCCGUUACUAUUCGCUCCUCAGCCUUGCCGACAGGACAACCACACCAUCACCAAUCCUGCCAACGCGUGGGUCGACUACAUCAUGUUAGUCUCUGGCAAACAGCCGCCUCACCCGGUGCACAUGCACGGCCAGCACUUCUACGUGAUUGGCAGUGGUUCUGGAGAGUUCACGUGGGCCACGGUGGACGAGGCCAUCAAGGACAUUCCUGGGUCUUUCAACCUCGACAACCCGCCGUUCAGAGACACGUACCCGACUCCGAUGCUGACACCUUCGCCGCCGGGGUCACCGCCGGGAUCGGUCUGGCUGGCGCUCCGCCGGCAGAGCGUGAACCCGGGCGUCUGGCUGAUGCACUGCCAUAUCCAGUCGCAUUUCCGCGGGGGCAUGUCCAUGAUCAUCCAGGACGGCGUGAACAAGCUGCCGAAGAUUCCUCAGCAGUACAGGGAUUACAGUUGUGGCGGGGUGUGA